AUGUCUCGUAUUGUACCGAUCGGCCUGUUCCUUCUUGGAGCUCAUGCCAGUGCUCCAAGAUCACUUAACUAUGACGCGGUAGUUGGUCCUGAUGGACCGUGGAAUGCUUUAACACAAACAGUAUCUUGGCCGCAGCAAGUAUGUCUUGAACCACUGUUCCGAGGUGACCUGCUUACAAUGAAUACCAAGAACAUCACGUUGCUCCCUUCCUUGACGAAGACCAAUCUCUUUGUUCACUCAGAUGCGUGCUCCGACCCUCAGAGUGCUUGUCCUCAAUCUCAAUCAGGCCUUUGGACUGGACUGAGAGGUACAUGGUCCUGGAUGAACAGUACUCUAUUCAGCGCCUCGACUUGGGAUACUUCCCUUGAUCCGCUAAAUUUGUCCGGGCAAGCAAGCUAUAUCAGUGACAGGAUUACUCUGGAGAGCUCUGGACAACAUGAUUCAUAUCUUGACUUCACUGCCAACGCUAUUGAUCAAAGCAUCAACGUCAAUUACCCAUCACAAAGUGUAUGGUACACAAUGGAUACAGGAUUCUUCUCGUUAUAUGGUGCGGAUGCACACAUUGAGUACACUUCUGCUAAUGGAAGCGAUAUUUCAUUGAAUACCACAUUACCUUUGGCGUAUUCUCAGGAUGCUAUUCCCUCCGCAUUCUACGGUCUACAUAUAGGCUCCGCUUCGAUAUCAAGUCCAGUGUCUGGAAGCCUCGUCCUUGGAGGAUAUGACAAGUCUAGAUGCCUCACGACUCCGAUAGUAUCGAACACAGAUACAUUCGAGCUGACCGACAUCGGACUGGGUGUUGCCAGCGGAGACUCUCCAUUUCCAAAGAAUGAGCAACUACCAGUACGCAGCCUUCUGCAAAGUAGUGGAAUUAGCAGCGUCAAAGCAUACCCAAANCCCGGUGUGCCAUAUUUGCAUUUGCCUCAGCAGACAUGUACGGCAAUUGCUGAGCAUCUCCCGGUCCACUUCAACGAAACUCUAGGCUUUUACAUAUGGAACACCUCAGCCCCUUCGUACCAAAACGUCAUAACAUCACCUUCCUAUCUCUCCUUCGAGUUCAGUUCAGGAACUUCAACAAGCACGAUCUAUCUGCCAUUCGCACUUCUCAAUCUUACAUUAGAGUGCCCGCUCGUCAAUUCUCCAACUCAGUAUUUUCCAUGCUCACCGUAUCAAUCUCCCGAUGGCAGAUUCCAUCUUGGUCGUGCAUUUCUGCAGGGCGCUUUCAUGGCGCAGAAUUGGCAAACAGGAAAGUUGAUGCUCGCCCAGGCACCUGGUCCAGACAUGGCCGACUCUUCGCUGGCUACAAUCUCAGCGAAUGACACCUCUUCUGUUGCUCUGAUGAUUAAGGCACCAUCAUGGGAAUCGACAUGGUCUUCAAAGCUUACGGCAUUCCAGCGUAGUGACUCUGAUGCUUCGGGACGUUCCAACGGAAAUGGUCAUAAGGGUUUAUCCUCAGGAACAGCAGCAGGCAUAGUUGUUGGUGUUAUAGCUGUUCUCAUACUUGUUGCUGGAGUAUGUUGGGCUUUCUUCAGGCGACAGAAGACGAGAGCGGCCCAAGUCGGUGUUGAAAAAUCUUACCCAGGGCUUGUGGAAGUUUGCGAAACAGGAUCUGCGGCAUCAUCAUCGCUGCCCUCAGAAGUUUGGGCGCCAGGAAAGCAUAGGCUGACACUGGACCCUGUCGAGUUGGACGCCGCUGCUGUUAACGAACUUCAUGGUACAUCACUGGAGGGAGGCAAGAGGAGAUAG